AUGCAAGAUAAUUAUUUGAUCACCCGAUUAGAAAAUGCCGGUUUCAAAUAUGUUGGUCGUCUAGGAGUGAUCCUCGGCGACCACUUUCCUGCAGUUGUUGCCGAAAUCGAGGUUUCUUCAGGAAUCCUGGAUUAUAUCGUGGCGUUGAAGGAGAUGCCGGAUGCUAUACCGGCCAAUUCAUCGGAAUACGGCGAGUUUAUUUUUGCCUGUGAGUCGAGAUCUUCUAAUCAACUCAAUGACUUUUACCAUCCAGCUUGGGCGACUCUUUAUCGCAGCAUGGGUACAAACUGGUUUUCUAGUCUUUUACGAGGAGUUGUUUUAAAGCCACAAGGCCGAUCAUGGAUUCAAUUGACAGGACCUGCUGUUUACGAUCCACCACAAAUCCGUGAAAAGUCCAAAAAAGCUCCCUCCUUCAAGUCUCGAAAACACAGGAUGUGUACAAGCCGUCUGGCCACGAGAUUAUUAUACAAAGGCGACUCAAUAAAAUUUGGGUCCAAAGAGCAUGCGAUCGAGGCUAAUGCUACAGCGAUCUUCCCUUCGAUGCGGAGCAAAUAUCGAUUCAAGGUCUCAAAACUGUUGGAGAAAUUCGAAAAGCGUAGUACCUGGCUGAAUGUUGACUUGGACAAAUUCUGUGCUGGCGACUCAGUUGUUCCUCGCCGGGUUGUGUUGAAUGUAACAAUGAUAGCUCUGAAGCAGUGCAUCCCCAAAGAAUUGAUUGGUCCAAAUAUUAUCCCAUUCCGAGAUGGGGUGCGUGAGUGGAUAUCGAUGGGUAGGUAUGAAUCUACCAGUUUGAAUUUUUUUGUUAAAGGGUGGAAGUCUCGCGGGUUGGUAUGGCUGGGGCAAUCAAAUAAUGCUGCACAUCAUCAAAUGACUCAAAGAAUGCUUUUACAUUUGAUCGAAUGGCUCUUUUCGGUUGUAGUUCCAAGGAUCGUCAAAAGAUUUUUUCAUAUCGCCCAGCAGUCCAACCAUGCCGGUGGUUGUUACUAUUAUCGCAAAGAUCUUUGGCAUAAAAGGUACAAUCAGCAGAUCAAGGAGCUUUCAAAACAACUAGAGCCCGUCACAGAGCAUCCAAUGGCACCGUUCAAUACACCUGCACGUAUCCAUCUUGUUCUCAAACCUAAUGGCGAAACGCGGCCGGUAAUAAAUCUGUCGCAUCUCAAGAACGCGCUUGGACCUUCGCGACUUGUUUUGGACUUUUUGACUCUGGCUUCGCCCUGUAGAUUGCGAAGCUUGUCGGACUUUCUGCCCAGGUUGGUGCGUUUCCAACGCCAGCAUUUUGGUAAAAGGUUCUACUGUGUCAAAGUAGAUAUUGCCAAGUGCUUUGAUUCUAUUGAUACUGACAAACUGAUAUAUGUUUUGAAAAGUCGGCUGGCAAACAAGGCGUUCCAAGCCUAUAAUUUCUGGGACGAAAGACGCGGCCGCAAAGUGACUAUUCUGGCAUCCAACGGCAAGUAUGAAUUACCGGAAACCGCUACCAAUAGUGUUCUGAGGCAUUAUAGUACAGAAACGAUUUCAGGCAGUACCGUUUUGCAAACAAUUUCAGUGCUUUUAAAGCAGUUGUUAAUUCAAGGGGGUAGCGUAGCACUGCAAAAAAGCUCUGGAAUACCUCAGGGGUCCUCUGCCUCUAACGCACUUUGUAACUUCGCUCUGGACCACAUUUUAAGAUCAGCAUUUGGAGAAUAUAUCACUGACCAAAACUCGUUACUAUUACAUUAUGUGGACGAUAUCUUGUUUGUGUCCACCCAAGAGCAAACCGCUUGCCGAUUUAUUCGUCGCAUGAAAGAAGGCUUCCCAGAAUUUAACGUUUUCAUCCAACCAAAAAAAACCGAGUGCAAUUUUUCAGGUGAAAAUCGCGAGAUGAACUUAAUCUACCUUGGCACCUGCUUUAAUGCCGCUACUUUGGAUGUGUUACCGCUCAAACUGCCGCCGUUCAAAGUUCGUACUGAGCAUCCUGAAUGGUGGAUUAGAAGGCGACUUGAAGGAACUAUUAAUUUGAGGUUUGCCUCGCAGUUUCACUCGUUCGACCGUCACAACGUCAUCUUAUCGGACAAGAACAUCAAGUUUUUCGCUACAGCUAUUGGCCGUGCGAUGGCUGUUCGCAUGCAUUACCUUGGGGCCAACAUGUCUCUUCGCAAAAAGCUGUUCGAUCAACUACUCGCCAAAUCCCUUAAAUUAUACUCUAGAUGUGGAGGGCGAAACAAACCUUUAUUUAUUUCGGUAUGUAUCUCCGAGUACCGCAAGCGGUCCAAGCGAUAUAUAUAG